AUGGCUCUUUCCAUUAACAGAGUGAAAUUUGUUGAUGACAAAGAGUUUAGAAACCUUACAAAAUCAAAUAACAUAGUUGUUGCCCUUAUUCUUGAAGAAUCAACCGAUCAUUUUUGGCAAUAUUGCGAAGUUUUCUCUCAUUCUGUUGAAAUCGAGACCAAUGCAACAUUCACUGUCGUUACAGAACUUAAUGCGCCAAGAAUAUAUCGAAAAUAUACGAUGACAGAGCCUUGCUACGCAUUUUUCUUCAAUAACACAGCAUUAUUUGCAACACGAGCAUCCAUUGAUCUACAAAUCUUAAAGCAUAUUCUCGCAGCAUCACUUUUACAUCAACCCGCUAAAGUUUCAACAAUUGAAGAAUUUAAUCAGAAAUUUGACGCAUUUCGAUAUACAAUCAUCACUACAGAAGAGUACAUUGAAGAUGCUCACGAUCUAUACAUCAAACAUUCAUUUUCUAAAGGUAAGAAUUUAAUAUAA